AUGAGACUCUUAGAGAAAAUUAAAAUAAACUCGCAACAAAGAUGGAUGGUAUGUUAUAAACUUGGUGGAAAGUAUGAAUGUUCUACGUUAAACCUCAAUAAUAUUGGAACAUUACUACAUCAGCUCUUGAAGGAGAACUUUAUAUCAGAGAUAGAAGCAAAUGCUGCAGGUAUUGUUGAAAUGCACUAUGACUUCUUCUUGACAAACAUAAAGAAUCUUACUGAAAUAAAGAUGUAUGAUUUAACAGAAUAUGAAGGCUUAACGAUGUCAGAUGUAAAGAAAGGCAAACCAAAAAAGAGACCAUAUAGAGAUGAAAGCACACUGACAAAUGACCAGAAAGCCAUUUUGGAAGCUCUUAAGCAAACAGGAAACCCAGCACUUAUAGAAAGCUUUUGGAAAGAUAAUGGUGAAAAGAAGUUUUAUAAGAAGAGAAGCGGUCAGUUAUGGAAGUAUCUUUGCACAUUACCUAUAAAUCUUGAACGCUACCAAAUCUUCAAUGAACUGAACAAAAGAACUGCAAUACUUAUGACAGAGGACAAUUGUUUCGUUUAUGCUUGCAUUCAGGCUGGAGUAAAUGAAGAAACUAUUGACCACAUGAGAGAAGUCAUUCGUGUUAGAGACUUUCCUCAAAGUAAAGUACAAGAAAUUUCUGACGCAACAGGUAUAGCAUUUAAUGUUACCAUUGGUUAUUUCAAUGACUCAAGACAUAAUGAAAUAAAGAGAUAUAUACCAAAAGAAUGCGAAACUGUUAGAACUAUUGACUUACUUCUUGUUGAAGACCACUACAUGCUAAAUGAAAGACUUCCAAUGACAACAUACUUCAUUCGAAACUAUAAAGAAAUUCUCAAAGCUUGUGGUGGAAUGAACAUUGAGAAACAGAUGAAGAUUUAUACAAAGAGAGAAGAUAAAUAUGUAGUUCGUUAUGAUAGAACAACACCGUUAUGGGAUGUUAUGAAAACAUUGUGGGAGUGCAAAUAUUUCGAACCUAUUUCUUAUGGAGAACUUUUCACAUAUACUACUGACUUAUAUAAACAGAACCUUGCACCAUUUAAAGAUUUGACAUAUGCUCCAAAGUAUUGUGUACAACUGAAGAAGAAAGCAGAGUCAAAAGAAGUAAAUAAAGCUAAAUGUAAAUUCAUUCCUGAGCACGUUUUCUUUGCUGACUUUGAGUGUAGUACGGAUGGCUUUCAUAA